AUGACACUCUCAUUGAUCUCGAUUCUUUCCAAACAAGACGUGACUAAUUACAGAAGUCUCGCAGUUGCAUUUGAAAGAUUCUUUGCAACAUACUACGUGGAUACAUAUGAAACUAAAAAACGUAAAUGGAUAUCUGUACUGGUAUGCUCUGAACUCACAGUUGCAUGUGGUGUAUCUGCAAUUAUUAUGCUCUUUGAUUUGCUUCCAAUUUCAGUCAUGGCGUUUCUUGGAGUUUUUAUCAGCUGUGCGUCGUUUUUUUUCUAUCUCGUUUUAUUCAUUAUGAACAAGCGACGUCUUCAAACUAUUCAGCAGGAAAGAGUUGAUGACAUGUAUACAUUGAGUGUCCGUUUUCAGCUAUCUGAAAACUUGAGAGUGAUGACUCUGCUUCGAAACGUUGUCAUCUUCUCUGGAGUCAACAACUUUAUAAUGGCUAUAAUUCUUACUUUAUACAUGUCAAAAUCGUUCAAAACAGCGUAUCCAGUAACCUGUCUCUAUCUACAUUUUGCAUUCAACUUCUGCGUGAUAAUUUACUCAUUUCUGAUGCUCAUAAUAAUGGUAUUCAGUGUGAAACAAUAUCGAGUUUAUUUCUUCUCUCUUCGCUUCGUUCGUGUCACUUUGUAUCCUCUAGUCGGCAGAUGCUUUCAAAAUGAGUUCUCAAUGCCUCAUGUACAGGAAUUGUCAAUUAGAGAUGAAACUGAUAGCUAUUUUACCAAUUUGUCUACUCAAUGGGAUGAAAAAUUCGAGAGAUUCAAUAGAUCAUAA